GGGGUCCUUCAACGGCUGUUAUGGUUGGAAGAUCAGCCUUAAGUAUAAAAUGGCCAACCUCCGAAGCAAACUAAGGGGGCUGGGAUGUGCCGAGGUAAUGCUUAAUUCACUGAAGAGCAAGAACCAAGAUAAAUCUCUGGCAGCAUUGAAUGUCAAAAAGCCAAGAAGGGCAGAAGUCAAUUACUGUCCAGAACACCCAAAAGGAGAAACCACCGAGAGUCUUGAAGAAGAGAGAAUUGCACUGCUUUCUGAGUACAUGAAAAAAGACAAUUGGCAUACAGUGACAGCAAAAAUGGACAAGACUUUCUCAUACAGGAGGCAAGAAGUUCUGCAAGGACAACCCUUCGUUGCAGACUUCAAAAGCAGAUGGCCAGCUCUUUUCAAUGAGAAAGAGAUCGAUAAUGAAUUCAAGCGCAUAUCAACUGUGCCUCUGCUUUCGACAUUCUUCGCUGCACUUGACCAGUACUCUCCCCGUCUGAUAGAGAUCUUUAGACAUAAAGGUGGAGCAGGUGGAAGGAAGAUCCAACAUGUCAUGAUGGACAUUUCCAAGGAUGACACAAUACACACUAGACGAACAUGCGUCCUCAAGUCCUUGUGCAUCUACCUGAAUGAAGACCACGAAAAACUUGUGAAGGAAUACAAGAACACAGACACAGAGGCCACUGCGUCCAUGGGGCAAACUGUUCUGGGAGUUUAUGUAAUCCGGAAGGAAGGAGUGGAGCUGAGACAUGAAGACCCAGAAGACAUCGGUGUCCUGAUUGAAGGUGUGGAAGUUCUUAACAACCUGCAGAGCAUUGGAAUUGCUUGUGCUUUGUUGUUUGGACUUACAUACUGUUUGAAUCUGAGCUACCCGUCAAAGCUCAAAUGCACCUUUGAAGUCCUGCAAAAGAUAUUCCUCGAUCUUGAUGGGCAGAGACUGUCUUCCAAGGCACAGUUCCUCAAGAACAAGCUUAUGAGCAAAUAAGCUUGAGGAAGACUACAAUAAGUCUGAAGGGAGGAUUUUGUUUACUUUUGAGAGUUCAAAUUUAGGUGUUAUGAUGAUGUGUUAUGAUGUUAUGUUAUGACAAUUUAUAGUUUGCUCAGUGGAGUGAGAACAAGAGAGUCUCCAAAGUUAAAAUGUCUCCUAUAUUUAAAUGUUGCUGGAACAGAUAGAGUUGUAUCUUUACUACUGAUUUUAUUACAUAAAGUGUUGCUAAAGAAGUUUCACCCUUUGGCUGAAAAAUGUUUAAGAAGCCACUACAAUGGUUAUAGAUUCCUGUG